GAAGUGCACACCGUUUCCAAUAAUGUACAGUAUUUGCAUUCACACAGUAUUAUAUAUAUAUUUAUGAUACAGAAAAUAGUCAGUUUUGAUCCUAGCUUCGGUGGCUUGGUGAGACUGCAGAUCCUGGAUCUGUCCAGAAACCGUCUGCGUUCUGCUCCUGCGGAGGCUUUUUCCUAUCUCAGCUGGCUGACAAACCUCAACCUAGACCUCAACUCCUGGAACUGCUCGUGUCAGCUGCUGGAACUGGCUGCCGUCCUGUCCACCUUCAUACAACAGCCCGACAAGACCCUCUAUAAUGGCCGUAGGAUGGUGUGUGUGAGCGUCGACAACUCGGCAGUAACCACAGUGCUGGAGCUGACCGAGGCCAACUGUGUCCCGUCCAAUCAGAACAUCACAUUGCGGAUCGAGGCAAGAGGCAGAGUGACCCCUCACCGGUACGCCCGAGAUCUGGCUGUCACUGCAGUCAUCUGCUUCAUCGGUGGAGUUUGCUUGACCCUGCUGGUUGUCCUGAUCUACUAUCAAGUGUCUCGUAGGAAGAAACUGAAAGAAAGUAAAAGACAGAAAGAAGAAGAAGAGAGAAGCAGCACGGUGGUGAAUCACCCUGUCAAUCACCUAGAUGUUGAUGAAAAGAGGAGGGACCUCUUCUGGCAAGCACAUAGAAGCCAGCCUUGGAACAGGGAGGCCAUGACCUUGGACCCAUGGACAGGUGGCCAUGGCAGCCAGUUUGGGUACAGAACUGAUGAGAACGUACAGUUUAGGUGUCCGGACUGUAGCACCAAAGGACAGAGAGGGACGGGGUCGAACCAAAUGAGACGGAACAACAGGACAAAUGGAGGGAUGGAGACGGAGAAGGAAAGAGAGACGAGGAGAAUGAGGAUGAUGACAGAGGAAGAAAGGAGGAGGCUUGAGCAGAGAAUAUUAAGCAGGGACAUGCAUAACAAGCUUCUUUCUCGUAGCAACACCAACUCUUCCUCACAUCCAUGGAAAGAAACCUUUUUUCAGGCAAACAGAGAAAUUGGGGAGGUCAACAGGACUGAGAUGGAAGGUAAGAGCAGAGGACAAGAGCUGUUACACUGUGAGAGCUGCCACAGGACGAACAGACCUCCAGAGCAGACCAUGAGACAAGGGAGGAUUCACACCAACAUGAAAGACUUGGCUUGGUUUGAAGGCGUCCAUCCUCAAUACAGACAGAUGGACAGGGUUAGGAUUGUUAACCACAACCAGUUUGACACGAAGAAGAACAUAGAAUUGAGAAGAGAACAAAGAAACGUAACGUUUGACCUGGAGAGUUCAAGAAGCCGAGAGCAAGGAAGCAGUCAAGGCGAGGACAAGAGGAAGGAGGAAGCGAGGAGCUCCCGAGACAAGAAGAGAGGAAAGAGAGAUAAAGCUAAAGUCCAGUCAAGCCGGCUACUGAAGGUUAAACUAAACUUGAACCCGCUACGAAAAAGCAAAGUCCAUCCUAAGAGGAAAACGGAGCUGGACCACUCAGAGAAAAGCAGCUCAAAGAAGAGUAAAGAUAAAAGGCAGAAUGAGUCUGGUAAGAAAACGAAGGGUAGCGGUGAGAAAACGAAGAGAUCCAAGCCCAAAGGAUCGACUGAGGAUGCUGCGAAAGAGAAGAAAGGGGAAGACAGAGGAGAAGGAGAACAGGAAAGAAAAAGUUCCUCUAAGCAGGAAAAAAUCGAGCAGGGGAGUACAGAGGGGGACCAGGGAGAGGGUACUCACCCAGAGAACUCCGGACUAAGCGAUACCGCCAACACUGCCGACCAAUCAGCCUCUGCUCUUGCCAUUGGACAGGGACAACACUUGCAGGGUGGGAGUCUUCAGUAUAAGGAAAGUGCUCAGCUAUCUCCGCAGCAUCCCGUAUCACUCUCUGGCAUUGGUGGGAAUCACACUACCAACCUCUCCCUGCUUGGUUCGGCGGGCUCACAACUGACUGGCAGCAGCCUCUCUCUUCAAGGAGAAAACUUCUUGCUCAACACCAUGGCCCCAGGAUCACUGUUCCCCAGUGGUCCAGCUAAUUCUGUUGCUCCUUGCACAGCGAUCAGUGGGCCAAACAUGGCUCCAAGUGUCGCCCCAGACAGCGUCAGUCUGCAACCUGGUGAAGCCCUCAUGUCUCCUGCUACCUCCCUUCUAGCUAACACUGUAUAUGCUAACCCUUUGCAAGCAAGUGCAAUCCAUACCUCUCCUCUUAAUACCACCCAGCCUGCAGGACUAGCCUCGGGUUUAGCGGCAAACCCAGCUGUUGAUCCUGCACCCAUGCAGUGCCUCUCGCAAAGCAAGCCCCCUCCAGAUAGCUCUCCUCUUGUAGCAAGACUGAAGGCUGAAGCCCAGGGACCAGGCCUUCAGACUGGGGAAGGAGUAUAUCCCAAUCUCCCAACUCAGGCACCUCCUAGUGUGAAUAGUUUGUCUUGGGUGACCCCUCCGGCUCAUGGACCAGUGACCACAGUGGAGAAUCUUUCAAACAACAACAGUCAGACAGAGACCGAGGGUGUGCAUGCUGGAUCCACAGUCCACAUGUCAGCUGGGGGUGCUGCCCUCACUGAAGGACCUGCUGCAGGGUUGCCCGGAGGCAGUAUGCAGGGAGAAGAUGUGAGUGUAUCAGGUGCCUCUGCACCUAGUAUGUCCACACAGAGUGUAUCCUCCACAGGGGACACAUAUGCAGCUGCUGCACUGCUGCAGCAGGAGUACCUGUCAGAGGAAGGAGGAUCCUCCCCGAGGAGGAAGCUGAGGCUGGUGCUUCCUGAGAAGACGUCCAGCCGACCACCCACCGCACUUGAGAGGAAGAUACGCUAGCUGCUCGUGUCAUUUGAUGAAUUGAAUGUUAUGGAUUGGUAGUGUUUUAAUAAAGGUCAGAAGAAGUCAUUUAAAAUAGUUCAACAUUAGAUUCAGUAAGUACUGAGACUGAUUCUGUAUACUGUUAAAAAGUGUUUCAAAGAUAUUUGCUUUUCUAAUUAUAAACAUUAAGUAAAAAGACUGUGGUGUUAUUUUUAAGUUUCAAAGUUCAUUGUUGACCUUUAUAACAGUUAACAACAAACUAAAUUCUGUUCGUAGACGUUCAAAUUGACAUUUUUUCUGAGCAUCUUGUCAAUGUUGGCGGACAAGUUGGGUUUCACAUGUGUAACAAUCCUUGCUUUAAUUUUGAAGUUUCAAAGUUAAUUCUUGAUCUUAGAAACCAUUGACUUAACAUUCUUACCUCAAGGUCUGUGUGGUAGCUGUCCUGGGGCUCACAUGAUCUUCAUCGACAGAUAGAGUUUGCCGAGUAAAAAUUCAAAUCUUUAAGCUAACUGAUGAAGAGCAUGUGAUAUGGUCAAAAGCUCAGGAACAGCUAACUUUACGUAAUUAUUUUCUCAAUUGCUGUUAUUUGUUGUAAAACUGUACACAGAGAGAUACUGGACUAAAAUGGAAUGCUAUUUUUAAAUAUUUUUGCAAUAUUAUUGAUUUCUAUGUAUACAUAUUACAUUAUGAUUGCUCUUGGAUGCAAAUGGUCAACCUAAAAUGGGCUAAAUUUGAUAUUCAGAGCAUCAAUGGAUUGUGGA